UUUGUGUCAAAAACAAACGAAAUAUGCAUCUAAUUAAAUUAAUAGAACUCUUGAUGUGCGAUCUAAUUUACAUACAGAUUUGCAAGGCACACGGUAACAUAGAGAAAGAAAGAUGUCUUUUAUUUUGUCUAUUGCAUGGUAAUCUAUGAGUUGAACAAAGUUUAUUAAAAUAACUGUUAUUAGAGUGAGAAAACUGCAAUCAUAUGUCUUACAAAAAAACUUAUCCCACCAUCAAAGACGGCCAUUGAUUGGACGAAACGUUUAAACAAUUCGACGGUUAAGUUUAAAUUUUCUUUUUCAUAGUUGCCUGUUGCAUUUUGCGUUUUACAUAUCGAAGUAGUGUCGUGUUUAAACCAUCAAAAGUUAAAACACUUGUGAGUGAGAACGCCUAAAUCGCCGUCAUGUUUUAUAACCUGGAAUUUUUGUCGAAACAAGCCAAUCCGCUGCUCCACAGGGCUUGGAUAGUAGGUACACGAGGAAUAUCGGCGGUGACUUCUAAAUCUAAACUAACAACAUCCGAAUUAUCAAAAUUAUGCGAUGAUAUAUUGUCCUUCAUGUCGUCUCAAUCAAACGAAGCGAAAGAUCGUCCUUCCAUUAGAUUGUCUAAUACGCUACUGUUAGGCACGUUGGACUUGUUCAUAGAUAUGGUUGAUGCCGCAAAUCGAGAUAUGGAUGAAGUUUUGAAACGUAAGAAGUCUGUUGUGAAAAUAACAGAAAUUGGUGAAGGGGAGGAAGCUUCACCUGAGAUUACUGCGGUCACUGCAGUCAAGAGGAAACCGAGAAAGGAAAGACCAGAGAAAAAAGCACCUGAACCAGUUAGACCUGUAGAGGAAAAUGUUUUGGUUACCGCUGAUAUUCGAGACCUAGAGGAGAACACGCGUCAAAUUACUUUAAUAGAUGAAUUGCCAAUACAAAGAAUGGAAAUGGAUGAACAGCUUGGAUUAGAACCCAUUCCAGACGUAACAAGAAUGGAAGUAGAACCAGACGAAGCAUUUCACGUGGCAAGAGACACCACCCAAAGUCGAACUGCUCGUUCUUCUCCUGAAGUUUCAUCUGCUAUUAUCCAAGUUCAUGCCGAUGUUCAUGCGACAGAACUCGAAGAGAGACGAGGUAUACAAGAUAUACCGAUGGAAGUAGAGGAAAUUCCUCCGGUACCAGAAGUGCCCGCUAGAAAAACCUCGCGUGAACAUUCAAAAGAAAUUCAACCUCUUCCUAUUGAAGUCCAUGCAACUGUAGAACCUCAAACUGCGAAACGGCCACAAAACAAAAGGGAGAAGAGGCGUUUGCUUCAUAAACAAAAUUUUUUGAAAAUUGUGGAUAGUCACCGUAGAAAAUUGGCAUCUUCUAUAAAUGCAGCAUUUGAGGAGCCGUUAGAAGAGCCUCUGGAGGUCGGCCAUAUUACUAUUAGGGAUAUACUGAUUGAGAAAGGGUUUUUACCACACGUUACCGAGUUGGGUACUGAGGAACCAGGUCCUAUAAGAGCUGGUUCAGUUCGGUCAACCGCGAGUCCGUCGGCAUUAGUUAUGCCAUUGGGAACUUCUUUCGGAAGAGAGACAACACCACGACCUUCUAGUUUGAGGGAAAGCACUAUGGUCGAAAGAGGGCAAAUUUCUGGUUUGCAUGAAAGCAUUCCGCCUGAAAUACCAUCAGAAUUGCGAGUUAGUGAAAUAGAAGAGCCUUUAAUGGAACCUUUAGUUUUAACGCCUCCAGAGGAAGUUCAAAGAAGAGUUGAAGAAUCUUGGCUAUCUCCACAUAUGGAACAUGCAGAAAUACCUGUAACUGAAGCUCCGCAGUUAGAACCAGAACAUCUACUAAGCGAUCGAGAAAGAAUGAUCCGUCAACUUCAAGGAAACUCUUCUAAAAUUCGGCGAUUGCAAAAAAUCCUAAGCAAAGUGUCAUCGUGGAAUUUCGAAAAGAAAUUGACCAUUGAAGAUUUCGUCGAUCAGCCUUUAAGUAGAUUCGUCAUUGCACCAGUAUUUUUGGACUUAUUAGAGCUGUAUGCAUUGGGUUACGUCAAAUUGCAUACCGAGGAAAAUUCGAAUGAAUUAGAACAUGUAACCAAAGGGCUUAAAUUUGACCAGUCCUUCGAAUUGCAAUAAUUAUUUUUAAUUUUUAACGGGUCCCUGUUAAAAUUUUAAUACGUAGUUUUAAGUGUUUGUUCUUUUAAUGUUUUCAUUUCUGUUUUUUGAUGUUCUUAGUGUUUUUCGUGUUCUCUCACUGAUAUAUAAUUUGAAAAUUAUAAAAAAAUAUUGGUUU